UAUUUAAUCAAAAUCAAUGAAAAAAUAAAAUACGAAUUACGUACACAUACUGAUUUUAAAGCUUUUGUGUAUUAAUUGUUGGUAAACAGAUUCAAACAAGAAAACCGGCAUUAUUAUUUUAUAAUUGAACCAUUUGACAACACUGACAUUUACAUAACUUGAGAGAGCAGCACUUUUUUGCAUUUACUGCAUCCAAAAAUUACAAACAAUGGCCAGCACACAGAAUAAAGGUUGCACCAUUUGUGAAAAAGUUGGUUUGAAACCCUUCACCAAGGAGAAUGUUUUCAACUAUUACAUACCGCUGCACGGUGUCAUCAGCUAUGGAGCACUCAGUGUCAACGUCAUGAAUCCUCAAAUCGUUCCACAGUUGCUGCCCAAGAAAGAUCUGACAAAUGUAUUUCUCAUUUCGGCAAUUGUUGGCAGUGCUUUUUACAUUUACGGUCGUCCACACUUAAAGCACGUUAAGAAUGGAAAACGUGGCGUAUACGCAAUACUUGGAGCUACUCUCUUCAGCAUGGGAUCCGUGCUUGCCUGGGCCCUGAUUAAGUCAGCGCUGCCCAAAGAUAACGCACUUCUGGCUACAGUGGCUGGAUUGGGAACAGGCGCCGCUAUUGUGAAGAUUGGCACGGAUUACAUUCAAGAGGUGGACCAACUGAAGAAGUAGGAUGGCACGCACAUUCGUUUUGUAGAGUUACUGACAUGCCCCACAUACAUAACUUGCUCAUAAUAAACUGAUAAAAUAAAAUGUUGCAAACUAUGUACGUACAAUUUGAAUAAAAUGAAAUUAUUUAGUGAAAACAAA